UUUACAACCUCAACGGAGUAAGCCGUCUGUAGCCGUCUGGCAAGCCCGAUAUCUGCUACAGGACACAUCACGUCCAUUCGUACGUCAAUGUCGUUAUUUAUACAACUUAUUUAUCAUUAUUUCCAUCAACUACUAGUCGACUUAACUCCGUUCUUGUUCGUCUACUAGCUAACUACAGCUUGCGAUCUAACGAAGAACAUAUUUUGGAUAUAGCAUACAAUGUCAAUGACAUAACGUUCAUUUCCCAAUUUCGGUUUACAUUUGACGUUGUAACCAGAACGUCAAGCUUGUCGUCUAAAAUUACAACUCGCUACAUAGCAAUUACCGACACAUUGCAACAUCAAAUCGUAUUGUGAAGUAAACCCAAAACAUGUCUGGACCAAACGGUGAUCCCAAUCUCUCAAUUAACGAAGAUACGGAUGAUGAAGAAUUCAACGAGGAAGAGUACGUGGCCAUCAACUCCAUGCUGGACCAAAUCAACUCGUGUCUGGAUGACCUGGAGGAGCGCAACGACGCACUCACAGACAAGCUUCAGGAGCUCCUGGAGUCCAACCGGCAGGCGCGGCUCGAGUUCCGGGAGCAGCUGAACGGGACGCCGGCGGGGGAGCAGCAGCCGGCGCCCCCCGAACAGGACCCCGCGGCGUCAGAGAGGCCCGGCUAAUGAGGAAACGUCGGGGGACUGAGCCUCCUAACUGCGAUGCCCACCUUUCCGGUCACUCGUCGAGACUCGGUUGCUCUCAAGUCUUCCAUUUCCCCCCCCCCGAGCGCUGAGUCUUCCAUUGCAGGAGUGUUUUAAGUUAUGAAGUUCUGGGAAAUUAACCCCCGCACCACCACCACCCAAAAACCGCAGCAUCAAUUUACACUCACUGAGCACUCUAUUAGGUAGACCUGUGCACCAGCUUGUUAAUGGAAACAUCUAAUCAGCCAAUCAUGUGGCAGCGACUAAAUGCAUUAAAGCAUGCAGAUGUGGUCAAGAGGUUAAUCUGUUUUUCAGAGCAAAUGUCAGAAUGUGGAAGAAGUGCGAUCGAAGUGACUUUGACUGUGGAAUGAUUGUUGGUGCCAGACAGGGUGGUUUGAGUAUCAGUCUCUGUAGUUUGCAGAGAAUCCAGUGAGCAGCAGUUCUGCAGGCAAAACAUUUUUUUGUUCAUGAAAGAGGUCAGUGGAGAAGGGCCAGACUGGUCAAAGGUCACAGUAAUGCAAAUAACCACACAUUACAACAGUGGUAUGCAGAAGUGUCUCUGAACACACAAGGUGUCAUAACCUCUAACUGGAUAGGCUACAGCGGCAGAAGACAAAUAAGUCUAAAAAAUAGUCUAAAAAAGACCUAAUAAAGUGCUCACUGAGUGUAGGCUGUGGGUGGGAGUGAUCCAGUCUUGGGUCCUGCAAAGUCAAAGCUGAGCCAAAGCAUCCGUCUGUUUUUCUUCCAAAGAUAAUUUCCCUUGUUUUCAGUUUCCGGUACAAUGAAAGUUUCACAAGGUUUACUUGAGUUAUUACUGCAAUGACAUUACUUUGUAUCAAAAUGCAGGUACCUCCUAGUUAUCCGACAGCAAAUUAACGUCCGUCGUCUGUUAAAUCAUGCUUUAAGGGAACAUGUUGAGGAGCAACGAUGUUGUUUAUUCUGUUUUCCCACUUUGCUAGCACUUUGCCAUUCAGCAAUAAGACAUGAAGCAGGAGAUUGUCACGCCUAGUCUGUAUACUUGUAUGACUUAUGUUGUACGUGAAGCUCAAUAUUUACCCAGUCUGUGAUUGUCUGUUUGCAUUAAUUCUGGAGAUUAUUGUUGGCCAGAGUAUUUUGUGAAAUGUUUGUGCAUACAUAGGCCUGCAUUCCUAAAGAAAGAUGCUGCUGUGAUGUGAAGGAUUUAUCAAUAAAGAUGUACAGCUCACAAAA